GUGAUGUUAUCAGUGUUUGGGUGAUGAAGGAUUAUGGGGUGAAGGAGUCUUGGACUAAAGAGCACGAGUUUAAAGACCCAGUUGGUUAUUUUGGCACUUUCAUGUUGAAAGCUAUUACUGAGGAAGGGCAAAUUUUGGGGAUACAUCGGGAUAGAUUGCAGGCUUAUACUCCCACAACAACGGGCCUUGUGACGGUUGGGGUUGAUGGAUUACCUUCGUGGAUUUCGGAGGCAUGGGACCUUGUUCCGAGAUUUGUUUCACUUAAGGAUAUUGCCAGAGGGUUGCAGCUUGAAGGUGAAAACGUUGAACCAGUAGAGCUUGAGGAGGCUGCCAUGAGAAGUAGUCUCAUUCAACAAAUUGUUGUGGUCGGCCAGGAUCAACGGCGACUUGGGGCAAUAAUUGUUCCAAACAAAGAAGAGGUUUUACUUGCAGCCAAAAAGUUGUCUAUUGUAGAUGUUAAUGCCUCAGACCUCAGUAAGGAUAAAAUGACAAGCCUGCUAUAUGAAGAAUUAAGAAAAUGGACUUCAGGGUGUUCAUUUCAAAUUGGACCAAUCUUGAUUGUGGAUGAGCCCUUUACGAUUGAUAGUGGUUUAAUGACUCCAACUAUGAAAAUACGAAGGGACAGAGUUGCGGCACAGUACAAGGAGCAAAUAGAGAAUCUGUACAAGUAAACCUCUUAUCCAGGAAUUUGCAGAAGCACUUUGAAGUGCAUGUACUUUUUAUGAAAUAAGUUUAGCAAGCCCUUGGUGUAUAGCCAUUCCAAUAAACUUUUGAGUCCUUAUUUAUGUAAGUUCCUUGCUCUCUCUUCAAACCUCAUUCAUUAUUAGAAUCUGUAGAUUUGCAUAUCAGUAUAUGAAAAGCAGCAUAUAUCCUAGGUACAAGGAACAGUAGCCAGUGCAAGACUUCAACUUCCUUUGAUUAUUUAAGUUCCUGGCUUUAAUCUUGUAUACGUUUAUAUGUAAUAUUUGUAAUAAUUUAAUGUACUUUGUACAGUACGUAUCUUUGGUCUUCGUAUUC